AAUCACAAGUAAGCUAGCUUUCCGAGUGGUGUACACUUCGCCCUUCUCCAUGUUUUACCUAAGAUUUGUUGCUAGUGUGAAUUCCUACUGAUUUCUGAAUUUUCAGAACCCGGCCUCACUUGAAAUGGCGCAACAGACGUAAUUUGAUAAGCCUGUAAAGACCGGACGUUCCAGUCACUGAUGCAUCCACAGCCAUCUGUGAACCAUGCUUCCAAUGGUUUUUAUGUUCGUGCUAUGUUUACUAGCUGGAUAUACUACUUUGGUCUCGGUUAGUUCUCAAGAAAUAGGUAUGUUCUUGUGCAAAAGAUGACUUAUGAAAACAGCAUGUAGUCAUGCAGACGUGCGGCAUCCUUCUAUUUUGACGAAACUAUCUCACUGUACUGUUAUAGAAGGGGAUCUGUUCAUUGUCUUUGGUCGAAUACCAAGCGACUCACACCUUCCAAUGCUCAAGGAAAUUACCGGCAGCUUACUUAUUUAUGAUGUUGAAGGACUGGACGAUUUAUCCAAAUUUUUGCCUAAUUUAACUGUUAUCAGGGGACAAACAUUAGUAUAUGGUUACGCUAUUGUAAUUAAAAGCACAUCUCUCAAGGUACGUGAGAUUUUGUAGUGAUUAAUCACUACAAUCCCCACAGUUAUGUGGAUUAAAAAAAGUAUUAGUGGCAUUGUUUUAGGCCUCGUGGUCCCACUAAGUGUACUGUACUGAUGUUUACAUUUAUUAUUGGUAUUCGUAAUGCAUUUCUUCACUCCAGCCAUGUUAUGCAUAGAGCGUAGACUCCAAUUGUAGUUAAUUAAUGCUUGUCAGUGGUAUCGGCUCUUAAAAUAUCUUCACUUAUCACUUUAACUAGGGGAGAUGCGCUAGGUUCUUGUUGAAGUGUUGACAGUUAUGUUGUUGUAUUCCAAAUCAGUGUUUUUUGAUUUGGGGAUUUUCAGAAAGCCUUACUUUGACUUUCUUUCUGAAUGAGAUGCAUAAUUUUAUUCUUCUCCACCAGGCGUUUCAACCAAAGAGGUAACAUUUCUGUACUCUACUUCUACCAUGGAGCUUAAGAGUGAUAUCAAUAGUAUGAUUCUUCUGUUAAUUCGUUAUUAGGUACACACAAUAGAUAACCUAUGAACGCUGGUCAGCGGGACGUGAGCCUUUUAGUUAUAGACCUCUAAUUGACCUACAACAUACGCAUACUGAAAAUGUACAGUUAUUUCACAUUUUAGGGUAUGAUCAGGUACCAAUGUAGAUCCAGUUUUCAGCUUGAAUUCAUUUAAAUAUUGUGUAAAACCUCGAAUGCUUUCAGGUCUUUGUCUGAUUUUAAUUGGGAGUACUUGGACGCUGUUAGUUUCCUUACUUGGCAAGAUUAUCUGCGUAUGUUAGUUACCUUGAAUUAUCUUUUGGCCAAAAACUACUUUUCGGCGAACCGAAAUUCACAGUUAUUCCAAUUUUUAAGAUCUAAAAGGUUUAUCCGCCAAGCGGAUUUCUUUUUGACUGUCGUAUGAAUAUUUAUGAGGAUAAUACGCACCAGAGUUUUCCUAUAGUACUGUGGUAUACGGUUACCGGUGUCUCGUCUUCAUUUGUGAUAUGAAGUGGAAACUCCAAUCGUGGCAGAUAAAAUGUUUAGUUUACUAGUGCCUUUAAAAUAUGAUGAAGCCUGAAAUUUAAGUAAAGGUAACUGAGUAAUUUACCUAAUUUGUGAUUCAUUCACUUUCUUUUGCCACGUAUUUCUUUUUGUUUCUACUCUCAAGAAAAUUGGUCUGCGUUCUCUGCGAUUGGUUCAACGUGGCGGAAUACGUGUAGAUAGUAAUCCUCAGCUAUGUUAUGUAAACACGGUUGACUGGAAUUUGAUUUUCGCCAGUCAAAGUGGCGAUGUGCCUUCAUAUGUCAAAAUCGUUAAAAAUGGCUUGCUGUGCCCAGAUACUUGUUUGCCGAGUUGUUCCACAGGUGUGCAAAUCGACGUUAAGCACACAUCAACAAGAUCUUCGAAUCUGUUACCAAAAAAUGGUUCUGCUACUGGUUUUCGUUGUUGGUCUAUGGCUGAAUGUCAGUCCAUAUGUCCUGAAAGCUGUACAGUGAGGAAUUUGACAUGCACAAUGAAACGUCCCUACAAAUGUUGUCAUCCAGAAUGUCUUGGUGGUUGCUAUGGUGAUGGACCAGAUAGAUGUGUCGCAUGUAAAAAUGUUCUACAUGAAAAUCAAUGCUUAUCUCGGUGCCCUAAUGGAACUUUCAAGUACCUAAAUCGAAGAUGUGUAACAGAAUAUCAAUGUUUAGUUGUAUUGCCCAAUUUGAUACAUGCUGAUUCUCCAUAUUUAUCUGACAGUUAUGUGAAUGAUCCAUUCUUUUACAAUGAACAAGUUGGUACAAAUUCAAGUUUUGCUAUAUUCGACGAUUCCUGUCUUUUGAAAUGCCCUCAAGGUUAUAGGAAGUCAUUGGAAACUGGUCGUUGUUACGCAUGUGAAGAUCAAUGUGAACUUAAACACUGUCGGGAAUUUCUAAUUCAUAGUCUGAAGACACUUAAUACUUUAAUCGGUUGCCAUUCAGCCAAGGCUAUUUAUCUUAGCAUUCAAGAAGGUGAACCUGAGACUGUAGCUUUAUUAUUGCACAGAGCAUUCGCAAGUUUGAAGGUGAUACAUCAUAGUUUGCGUAUAGUACGUUCACCUGUGCUUACCCACUUAAAUUUUCUACAAAAUAUUCGUUAUAUUGGACAAGUUGUAAAAAAUGUUUCAAGUUAUUCGACUGUGUUCGAAAUAUCAGGAAAUGACAAUUUACGUGCAUUAUGGCCAUUAGCGAAGAAUUCUAGUAGUAGUUUCGAGAGUGGUGAUAGUUUGCAAAUUUUAUCGCAUGGUUUAAUUCGUAUUACACAGAAUCGUCAAUUAUGUCCUGAGAAAGUUUUUAAUUUAUUUGAAUCUGGCAUAAUAAAGUUACCAGGCAAUAAUAACGCUUUGACACAAGCAGAACGUGAUAUGAUUACAAUAACAAAUGGAGAUUUAGCAUAUUGUAAUUGGAGUGAAUUCGACGUGAAACUCAGCAAUUUAAGUUCACACAGUGUUCGUGUUACAUGGCCUCAUCCAUCCACUUUCCAGUUUGUCAGUAAAUCGUCAUGUGAUGACAUUUCAUCUAUACAGUCAGAUAAUGCAAAAUUUAAUCCUGUGGAUGAGGUUGUAUUAACUUAUCUAUUCUGUCAACUAGCUCCUAAAGAUUUACCGAACAUUAAAGUUAGACGAAUGUACGACAAAAAAUCAUGGCGUAUGCUAACAGUAUCAUGUGAUUCAAACAUUGGCGGUGGUAGUAUUUCAAAACCUCCUAAUUCAGAAUCAAUUUGCAGUACAACUCUGAAUGAAUUAGAACCUGCUUCACGUUACGCUGUCUACGUGGAGUUGAAAUUCCCCCUGAGGCAAACUGGUGCUAUUAGCAACCUGGUUUACUUUACAACAUUAUCAAUCAACCCUUCUGCACCGCGGUAUCUAUGGUUAGAACCUGUAGAUAACUUUUCACUUCGUUUAACGUGGAUACCACCAUCAAAACCAAGUGGAACUAUUGAUUCCUACCUAAUAUGGAUUCAUUUUCUCGAAGAUAAGCCAUCAGAGUAUUCUGAACGAGACUUCUGUGUACAUAAACCCAACUGGAUGCAGUCAGGUUGGCGUGAUAGCGUUUCACUAAAAGAUUCAGGUCAGGUAGCAUUUACGAAUGAUUUUUGUGAGACAUGUUUAUCCUGUCCGAAUCUGUAUGAAAUUGAACAACUUUCAAACCUACGAAUGGUUUCUUCUUUGCAUGGAAAGCAUUGGCCAUCGUCUGUGAGCAGAUGGAUGACAGAUGAAUCUGGAAUGGUUUUGCCAGCAAAAGUUGUAACGGAAACUUCUUCCCUUAAAUAUUUGGCAUCUGGAACAGUCGGCUUACUUGUGAAGAAGAAUAAUUUGCCGAGUAAACAUGUUUCCUAUAUGCAUCAAAAUCUCCAAGAAACAUGCAUUCAAGCAAAUAAUGAGAAUACACAACUUCUAACAGGAUUUGCACCGUUUACCAAAGUGCUUGUAGAAAUACAGGCGUGCCUAGCUUUUAGUUCAAUUUCACAAAUUCAAGUAUCGAAAACAAAUUGUUCUAUUUCACCGCCUUGGGUGGAUUUAAAAGCUGAGGCACAUUUGAAUCUUACUCAACUUCAGGAUCUGUGGUCAGCAUGCGAGUAUACACUGUGCAGUGCAAGGUCUACUGUCAUAAAUCGUGUAAAUCCGCAAGUUGAAGUCGACAAUAUUCCUGUAUCAACAAUUCGUACAUCUUCGUAUGGUCCAGGCAAUAUUCGUAUCACAUGGUCACAGCCUAUUAAACCCAAUGGUGUAAUUAUACAUUAUCUGUUGCAGUAUAGACAAAGAAAGCAAGAUUCUGUUCAUCAAUAUAAUCAUUCUACUUCGAAUAUAUCUUUUCCAUGGUUCACAAAGUGUAUAUCAUUACAGAAUUGGGCAACUGUUCAUUCGAAAUAUACAUCUUCAUUGAACUCAAGUUUAUCGCCAGAUGUCAACCGAAGGCUGAGAUCACGAACUAAACGUAGACAUGAAUUGAAUGAUAUCAUAGAAGGUGGUAUUUUAAUCAACGACCUGUCACCAGGCAGCUACGAGUUUCAAAUCAUGGCCAUUUCACUUGCUGGCAACGGAGAUUGGAGUCCAGUUAAAGUAUUCACUGUUCCUGUCUAUUCAGAUCUGCAUGGUGACGUUUUUAAUCAUCAUAAGCUACUGAUGAUUGGCAUAGUAGUCUCAAGUGCAUUUCUGUUGUUUUGCUCAAUCUUGGCAGUUAUUAUGUACAAGAUACGACGUUAUUAUUUAAAGGCUACUGCUUGGACUUCAAGUAACCCUGAUUAUUGCACAAUCUAUGAAGUAGAUGAUUGGGAGAUAAAUAGAGAUGAUAUAGAUGUACUUCAAUGGAAAUAUGCAAUCGGUCGUGGUAGUUUUGGUACUGUAUAUAAAGGUAUUGUAAGGCAGUUGAAAACACCAGCCAAAGUAUUUUACAACAAUCCAGUAAAUAUUCCUGUAGCGAUUAAGACCAUUAGUGCAAACAGCACUUUAUUUGAUCAUCGAGAUUUUGUCAAUGAAGCAUGUUUCAUGAAACAGUUUCAAAGCCAUCAUUUAGUACGUUUACUCGGUUUGGUAACUAAAAUUAAACCGAAACAUAAGUCAUCCAAAUGUACUAUUCGUUGUUUGCGGUUGUGUAAUCAGCUACAUUUGGGCAGAUUAUGUCGAUUUUUUAAUCGUGUUUUACUUCGGUCAUCAUUUGCAUCAAAAUCACCGAAAUCAAAACUAUAUCCUCUGUUAUCCUCAUCAACAUCAAAUAAAAACAUGUUUGAUAGUGAAGAUUUUAGCUGUAAUACACUAGGUUCCUCAGAUAAACUGUCUAGUAUUGUCAAUACAUCUAUAUUCAACAAUGCAAAACCAGUUGGUGUAGAUAAGGUGUCACCAGAGAGUCCAUUAGUCAUUAUGCAAUUAAUGGCUAAAGGAGAUUUAGCCAGUUAUUUACGCCAUUUAGGCGAUAAAGGACAAGGUUCAGUUAAUCCAUCACAAGCUUAUCUAUGGGCGACGCAAAUAGCCGAUGGAAUGGCUUAUUUAUCUGCUAAGAAAUAUGUUCAUAGGGAUUUAGCUGCUCGUAACUGUCUUGUUGAUUCUCAUCUAACUGUAAAAAUAGGCGAUUUCGGAUUGUGUAGAGAUGUAUACGAGUGUAAUUAUUAUCAUAAAAUGAGUCAUGGGAGACUGCCGAUUCGUUGGAUGGCUCCAGAAUCUCUACAAACCGCUUACUUUACAACUCAAUCAGAUGUCUGGUCUUAUGGUGUUGUUCUAUGGGAAAUAGUCACUAUGGCAAGUCUUCCCUACCGUGGUAUGUCUCAUGAAGAAGUAGUCCGAUACAUCCUUGAUGGGAAUACACUUUUGUCAAACGGUUUACCCACUAAUUGCCCUGAGCUAUUCCGUGCAUUAAUGCUUCACUGUUGGAAAUUUGAUCCACUGAAACGACCAACAUUCCUAGAACUUUGUACCUUACUUUCACCACGUUUUGGAGAUGCGAAAUUUCGGUUGGCUAGCUUCUUUUACCAUGGUGAACAAUGUGUUUUCACUAAUAAUUGUCUUCCAAAAGCUUUGGAAGCACCAGUUAUAUCUUUAGGUAAAUUAAGUUUAUCACCAGAUCAAGAUCCUGCACAAAAUUUGGCAACUUUUUUGACCACCUUUCUUGCCAGUCCAGAUGAUGAAUUAAGCUUUGAUGAAAAUAUCGAAGAUUCCUGCCCAGUCGAUGGUUGUUCUUCUUCUUUAGUGCAAUUCGGAGCCAGUAGUCUUGCAGUAUCAGACAAACACAAUCAUAUCGUCUGUGAUGAUCCAGAUGGGGAAACUCAUUGUGUACUUAGAAGUUGUUUUGAAAAUAAGCCUUCGAAACAAGAUGUUAUAAAAAUUACGGUAUCAGAGGUGGAGAAUACUUUAAGGCUAGAGAGAUUGGAUACUGCAACUUCACAUUCGAUGGAUUCUGAUAUAUUACCCAGCAAACCUGAUCAAAUCUAUUGCUAAUCUGCAUAAUGAUGACUUUUUGGCUAUCAAAAAUGUACUACCUGCUUAAAAUCUAAUUGUAUAACUCCAAAUAUCUGUUUCAAUUCUUUUUAUCUCACACGAAAACUUUCACUAUCCCUUUCUUAUUUCUUUUUUCAAUAAUUUUCAGUAUUACAUUUGCUAUGAAUGUGUUCGUUAGAAAAAAUUUUUGAUACUUUGUAUUGGCUAACGCCAGAAUUAAUUUUUGUUACUUGCUUGGAUGAGUGUUUGCGGAAAAUUUCAUCCGUUAGUAACUUGAGUUUUCCGCAAUCGAAAAUGGUUUUAACGAUUCGGAGAUAUUUAGUAGUGAUAAAAUGACACUGUAAAAUGUUCUCUCCUAGUCGAGUUCUUAUAACAUCUUUCUUUUCUUGCUCAUUCUUAGAAAUAUUUUGUUAUAUUCGAAGUCUACCUAUCUCAGAAACUAGAAUUGUCAUAG